GAUAUCGAAGCAUAUUAUUUUUGGUGUCCCAUACGUUAUAAGUUGUAGAAGUAAAUGUAAACAAAACAAAGGCACGUGUUUUCCUUUUAAAAAAUAAAAAAAAUUUAAUAAAUAUAUAAAGUAUAAUAUAAUUCAUCAAUUAUAAAUAUAAACAGAGCGGCCAGUCCAGGUUUGUCCAUUCAAUCAUUACAAAAAAGAAUGGAAGUUUCUAAGGAAGCUAUCACUUCUGUUGGUGAAGAUGUCACCUUUGAAUCUUUGGGAGUUACAGAUGUGCUGUGUGAAGCCUGCCAGCGAUUGAAAUGGUCAAAACCGACUCCAAUUCAGAAGGAAACGAUUCCAGUGGCCCUUUCAGGCAAAGACAUCAUAGGACUAGCAGAAACUGGUUCAGGCAAGACAGGAGCAUUUGCCAUCCCAAUCCUUCAGGAUCUCCUGCAGAAACAGUCAAGGUUGUUUGCUCUUGUCCUCGCUCCAACCAGGGAACUUGCCUUCCAAAUUAGCGAAACAUUUGACAGUCUUGGUAGAGGCAUAAAACUCAAGUUAGGCCUUUUAAUUGGUGGAGUGAAUAAGGAGGCCCAAAGUAAAAGAUUGGCUUCAAGACCUCACAUUCUGAUAGCGACACCAGGCAGGUUGCUGGAGCACUUACGAGGAACUACUGGCUUCAAUCUCAAAUAUCUUAAAUAUUUAGUCCUUGAUGAAGCUGAUAGAAUGCUGGAAAUGAAUUUUGGAGAAGAGAUUGGCAUGAUCCUCAGUAUGAUUCCAGAAGAGCGAAAAACUUAUCUAUUUUCUGCUACUAUGACAAAAACGGUAAAUAAAUUAAAGAAGGCUUGUAUGAAGGAUCCGGUAAAAAUUGAAGUCUCAAAAAUGAACCAGGCCGCCUCUAAGGUCAUCCAAUAUCAUAUAUUCUGUCCCGAGAGGGAGAAGGAGCUGUACCUCUUCUACUUGGUGCAACAGAUGAGAGGAAACUCAAUGAUGAUCUUCACAAAUAGCUGUGGAAAAGUCUGGUUGUUCACAAAACUGCUUCGGACAUAUGACUUUUCUGUGCACCAAAUUCAUGGAAAGAUGACUCAGAAAAGACGUCUUGAGAGUUUAAAAAAAUUUCGGGAAGAUGAGCAUUCCAUUCUUGUGGGAACUAGUGUAGCUAGCCGUGGUUUGGACAUAGCCCACGUUGAUAUAAUCAUCAUCUACGAUCUACCAGAGGCAGCUAAAGAUUACAUACAUAGGGUGGGAAGGACAGCACGGGCAGGAAAAUAUGGAAAAUCCUACACCUUCGUCACACAAAAUAACGUCCGUGAGUACUUGGAAAUAGAAAAACUUCUAGGCUACCAGAUACCUAGGUAUGAACCUAAAGAGGAGGAUGUGCUGAGGCUCGAGGCUGACUAUAAUAAAAAUCGCGACGAUAUAAAAGUGAUGCAGAACAGAGUGGACAAAAUGAGGCGGAAACAACGAAAAGAACAUUAUAAGGCAGAGGGGUUUAAGAUGGUCUCUCAAACAAGAAAUAAAUUUAAAAAAAAGAAAUAAAAAAAAUACUGAAUUGACGAUUGCAUAUUAAUUCAACUUAUCAACUGUAUAUUUUAGAUAACACGUGUACAUUUAAUGUUUAAAAAUUAAAAUUUAUUUAAUAAACUGACGACAGAAAGUAACGUCACAACUCGGAAACGGGAUGUCGGACGAGAAACGGUGAUCGAUUGGUUGAUUGAUUUUAAGCUUUUUAUUUACAGAAUUUUUAGAUUUCUUUACCCCAAACAAAUCAGUAUUAAUAAUACUCUUAAAUUUGUAAAAAAAAA